CCAAACCUCACCUUGCUUCAUCCUUCCCCCCAUAUCCCUCGAGGUCUCCAAUCUUGUCCGUAGCUGACCCGGGAGAAUCCAUUGUCUUUGGCGUUCUGUUGAAUUGAAGAUACACAACGAAACUGGAUAAAGAUGAUGUCCCUCCGGACGAUCACGCGCUCUGCGCCCAGAACUCUGGCCCGCGCCGCCACCACAGCAUCCAUCUCGCGUUGCCAGCGGACAAGCAGCAGCAUCCUAAGAGCCCGCCCUACGUCGUUCCUGCGCACGCAACAGGUGUCUGCCUUCUCAACAUCACUCUUCAGGGCAGCCCCGGCUGGCGAGGUGGACGAGGAGCUAUCAGCCAAGCUGGCCAGCGAGAUCGAGUUUGAGAACGAUGUCAAGGAGAACGAGCCACUGCCGGCCAGCGUCAAGGACUUCCUCGAGAACAGCCCGUUCAAGCUUGAGGAUAUCCCAGGCCAGGAGGAUGUCACGCUGACCCGGACUUUUGGUGAUGAGAAGAUCACUGUCUCCUUCUCCAUCGCGGACCUGCACAACUACGAACCGGACAUGAUGGAGGACCAGGCCAUGGAGGACGAGCUGGACGACAUCGAGGCCGGGAGCACCUCUCAGAGUCAGCGGGGCGCUGACGACCUUGCGCAGGAGGCUAACGAGGACCUGGAGGCGGGUGCAGACGAGGCCGCCGUACCGGUUCGCCUCAACGUCGUUAUUGAGAAGCCGGGUAAGGGGGCACUGAACAUCGAGGCGCUCGCGCAGGACGGUGCCAUCAUCGUCGAGAACCUCUACUACUACAACGACCCCAAGCUUGCCCACAGCACCGACGCCAAUGCCGUGCACGCGGCGCAGAGCACCUACCCUGGCCCACCGUUCGGCAGCCUCGAUGAGGAUCUCCAGAUCCUGAUGGAGCGCUACCUCGAAGAGCGCGGCAUCACGCAGGCGCUGGCUCUGUUUGCGCCGGACUACAUGGAUGUCAAGGAGCAGCGGGAGUACAUGGCUUGGCUGAAGAACGUCAAGUCCUUCGUCGAUGCCUAAGUGGAGGGUUGAGAGUCUUGGGAGGGAGGCCGGAUGGGUCUUUGUGCGAUAUGACUGUAUAUUUACUUUGCCACUCUAGGAGAAGCCAAUGAGUGUACGAUAGGUAGUUGCAGACGGCCUGGAUGAUAUUCUCCUCAUGAUAAUAAACUGUCUAAAGAGCAAAGGGCACAAUACCCGGCGCAUAUCGCUC